GUCGUAACUGGUUUUCUUUAUUUGGUUUUCAUGGCGAGCAAAAGUGUUGGUUUAGUGGUAGGAGGUGCUGCGUUGGGUGCCAUUUCCAUGGCGACCUAUCACCGCUUCUCGCAGCCUCGUCGUCCUACGGGUAUGAUGCCUGUUCCUGGACCUGCACCGCCUGUCCCUGUACCCGCAGGUGGCGUGCCAGCUGUGCCUGCCACACCCGUUCCUCGUGGUCCCAUGCCUGGCCCUCAUCAACCUCGAUCCGUCGAAAUGGUAGAGAAAGCCCGCGAGAUCUUGCCGUUCGGAUUCCCUGGUCCCGUGAGCGAUACGAUUUAUCGCAAUGCGUAUGUCGUUUCCUAUAACCGUCGUGAUCGUAAUCCCAACUGGGUUGCGGAACAUCUCACGGCGACUUCCAUUCAGCGUGCGGAUGGCGUUGAUCGCAAAAAAUCGCAGUUCAAAGAAGAUGAAACCGUUCCUCCCAUGUUCCGAGCUCGUUUGUCCGACUAUUUCCGCAGCAAUUUUGACCGAGGACAUAUGGUGCCUGCAGCGGAUGCCAAGAUUAGCCAGGAUGCUAUGGACGAGACCUUUUACUUGACCAAUAUCUCUCCUCAAGUAGGCGAUGGAUUUAACCGCGACUACUGGGCUUAUUUCGAAAACUUUUGCCGCAACUUGACCAAGAGUUUCUCGGAUGUGUAUGUGUUUACGGGACCUUUGUAUUUGCCUCAUCAGGAAAACGAUGGAAAAUUCUAUGUGAAGUACCAAGUGAUCGGUAACCCGCCCAAUGUGGCUGUGCCGACCCAUUUCUACAAGGUGAUCCUCACACAAAACAAUGGACGCUACAGCGUGGGUGCCUUUGUUCUUCCCAAUCGUCCUAUUUCGGAUGAUACCCCAUUGGAGCAGUUCAAGGUCCCAUUGGAUGCGGUUGAACGCGGUGCUGGUCUUACCUUCUUUGACCGCAUGGAUAAAUCCGGCCUGGGCGAUCUGUGCAAGGAGACGAAAUGCAAAGUGGUGCUUACCAAGUUUGCUGAAGCCAACAAGAAGAAAGCCCUCUCUUCUUAAAUCCGAUCUCCCUCCUAAAUAACGCACUUAUAUAAAGAUAGAUAUAUCCACUCUUAAGUUAUUGAAUUGCAUUGUAAUUUUACUUCAUAAACACAUGCAAAAGAAAUACUCUCAUUCUCAUGAACCAGAG